UGGUGCAACUUGCGUCAAGGCAUCAAGCAGCAGAAAACCGCGCCAACAUGCCCGAAUUUGCACCCAUGAAGAACGACCUCCUCCUGCGCACUGCGCGUGGUGAGAAGGUCGAGCGCCCGCCCAUGUGGGUCAUGCGCCAGGCCGGUCGUUACCUGCCCGAGUACCACGAGGCCAAGGGAACCCACGACUUCUUCGAGUGCUGUCGCUCGCCCGAGAUUGCCUCGACGCUGACUCUGCAACCCAUUGAUCGUUUUGCUGGUCUCAUUGAUGGCGCCAUCAUCUUCUCCGACAUCCUCGUCAUCCCCCAGGCCAUGGGCAUGGAGGUCAUCAUGGUCGACAAGAAGGGCCCUCACUUCCCCGACCCGCUCAUGUCACCCGAUGACAAGCAAUACCAGGAAAUCAUGGAAAGAGACGUCGAUGUCAAGGAGACUCUGGACUACGUAUACAAGGCCAUCACCCUGACCAGACAGAAGCUUGACGGCCGUGUGCCUCUCUACGGCUUUUGUGGCGCCCCCUGGACUCUGCUCAGCUACAUGGUCGAGGGCGGUGGCACAAAGAUGUUCAAGCAAGUGAAGACCUGGAUCUUCAAGUACCCCCAGGAGAGCAAGAAGCUGUUGCAGAAGAUCGCCGAGCUUUGCGUCGAAUACCUCGCCCUGCAGGUUGUCGCCGGUGCUCAGAUUAUUCAAGUCUUCGACUCAUGGGCUGGCGAAUUGUCCCCUACUUCUUUCAAGGAAUUCUCCUUGCCUUACUUGACAUACAUUGCAGACCACCUGCCCAAUCGCCUGAGAGAACUCAACCAAGAAGUAGUUCCCAUGACUGUCUUCGCAAAGGGCGCAUGGUACGCCCUCGAUGAUCUAUGUGACACUGCAUACAACGUCAUUGGUCUGGACUGGCUUCACUCGCCCAAGGAGGCUUAUGCCAUUGCUCAGAAGAAGGGCAAGGUUCUUCAAGGAAACGCUGAUCCCGGUGUUCUCUACGGUGGUAGAGAGGCCAUCACCGCAGUCGUCAAAGAAAUGGUAGAGGGUUUCGGCGGCGGCAAGCAAGGCUGGAUCGCCAACCUUGGUCAUGCUCCAGGUAUCACCCCAUUUGUCAACCCUGAUGAUCUCAAAUUCUUCUUCGAGCAGAUUCACGAGCUUUCAGGUAGAUGA